CAUCUGCAAUAUAUACACAGCGUUCGGCAGAAACUCUAAUGAGAAGGGCCAGAAAAUCUUCUCUGCCCCUCAUACCAGAUACACUGAAACAACUAGGCAAUUUAUUUGAAAAUAGAGAUCUGAAUCGUUACCAAGUUAAUGAUGAAAUAAUUUAUAAAGGUUGUGUAGAAGAUAAUCUGGGAAAUUAUUCUAUCAUAUUUGCUAGUCAAACUAUGAUUAAUAAUGCACUGACUAUUUGUAAAAGAGAACUACACGCUGAUUGUACUUUUAGAAUAACGCCAUCAAAACCAAAGUCUUACCAACUUUUGGUUCUUCAUGGGAUUAUAAAUAACCAUAGUUUUCCUCUUGUUUAUGCAUUAAUGGAGUCGAAGAAAAAAUCAAGCUAUCAAUCUGUCAUUUCGUUUAUUAAAUCUAAUAUACUCCCAAAUUUUAGACCUCGUAAAAUUAUGACCGAUUAUGAAAGUAGUUUACGAACAACAUUGGUUGAACAUUUUCCUACGGCGAAACCUAUAGGAUGUUGGUUUCAUCACAAUCAAGCUGUCUGGAAAAAGAUGAAAACUUUGGGCUACCUUAAUUUAGUUCAUAAUAAUGAAAACGCCCGAAAUGUACUUAAAAAACUACUAGUAUUACCCUUACUCCCAAAACAAAAAAUUGUUAAGGGAUUUAGAAUAAUCAAGAGGUAUGCAAGAAGAAAUUUAAUAGAUAUGAAUAGUUUAUUCGAUUAUUAUGAAAGAUUUUGGAUACACAGAGUGGGUGUGGAAAUAAUCUCAGUUUGUGAUCAGGCAAGAAGAACAAAUAACCACAUAGAAUCUUUUCAUAAUAAACUAAGAUAUUCAUUUGGGGUAGCUCAUCCAAACAUCUGGGUGUUUUUGAAUAAACUAUGUGAUUUAAUUAGAAACUAUAAUAUUGUAGUUAAUCAACUACAAAAUGGUUUAACUCCGACAAGGAAUACAAGAACUAGAUAUAUUGUCAAUAGUGAGCGCAUUCAACAUGCUACUAGACAACUUAAAUUAGGUCUUAUAAGCACCAAAGAAUUUCUAAACCGGUGUUCUUAUACAGUGGCUUCUUAUGAAGAACGCCAACGACAUUUUGCCAUAAAUAUACAGCAAGCCGAUAACCAGCCGCACAAUACUAGGGACAAUGAACCACUACAUCAACAAGAUGAAACUGUAAAUGUACAACUACAAGAUGAAUCAGAUCAUGCCAAUCAAGAAUAUUUAGUAUCUAGGGAAAAUUCAAAUGAGAGCUUGGAUUCAUUUAUUUCUAGCCCAGGGCAGCAAUUAUUAGAAAAUCUAGAUGAUGCUGUACAAGCUCCUCAUUCAAUUCAUAGUAAUCUACCCUAUACAGAUCAUGAAGACAAUGAAGCUCAAGAUGAACAUCUUGAUUCCAAUGAGAGCUUGGAUUCGUUUAUUUUAAGGCCGAGAAGGCAACGAGUAGUGAUUGAUGAUUCAGACGAUUCACUGUCAACUGCUAAUCAGCUUCUUAAUAGAGCUAUAGUUGAAAAUCCUGAGCCAGAAGAACAUGACUGGGAUGAACGUGAUUUUUUUGUUCCGGAAGACCUGGCGUUAGUUAUGUGGCAGGAAGUAUAUGGUAGGGAUGAUGAACCUCUGGAUAUUCCAUAUGUCCAAGUUAAUACUAACCUCCCUGAAGUAAGUCUUAACACUGAAAUAGUGUGUGUUGUAUGUAGGGAUAAUGCAAGAACACACGCACUUGUACCUUGUGGGCACAAAGUGUAUUGUGAAGAAUGUGUAAACCAGUUACUUGAUAAGCGUUGUCCCCUUUGCAAUACAGAAUACACCUUAGCUAUUCGCAUUUGGGAUUAGUUUUUUUUUUAUUUGUUAUUUAAAAAAAAAGAUUGUAAUUAAGAUAUGGUUUUGUUUGUUGUUUUAACAU